AUGAGCAAAUCGAAAAAAUUGAAGGAUGCUUCUUGCCAGCUAAGUUUAGAUGAAAUUUUAAGCUCCCCAAAAAGAUCUGACAUUGCUCAAAUUCGUCUUAACCUUGAGUUACAACAGGACACCACACGCAAUGAGAAUGUUGGAGUGUUGACCCCGACCAGACUUAGAAUUCUAGUCUUGUCACCAGCUUCUAUCAAGUCAUCCAAUAACAACAAUCCAGACACAGACAGGAAUGGAUUAAUUAGGGGACCAAUAGGAUUCCAAACGAAGUCAGAGCCAAUCCGCCUCUGCAACAGGGUUCCUCCAGAGGUCAAAGUUUUACAAUUCUCUGUGUGUGCAAAGUUCUUUUAUUCUGCUGUGUCCUGGGCAAAAUCAAAAAGAAAUCAGGAAGUUCAUCAAAUUAGGCACGAAAACAAGGAGAAUGUUGUUCCUCGUGAUUCACCAGCUCGAAAAAAAGUUCGAUCUACUAGGGUUGCAAAGAUGUUAACACUUGGCUCAAAACCACAACAAAAACAUCCACCUUCCUAUGAAGAAUUUGUCUCGAGAGAAUUCAACAACAUGCUCAACAGUUUCAAUAAAACGUCGCGACCAUCCAACAGAAGCACUGUCCCAACAAUCCAACCAACUUCAUGUAGAAAUGAUGGUGAUAUUGUUUCGCCAACAUCUCAGAAUAUUUCUCGUAACACAGUCAGAAAUUGUCUUGAUCAUAAAUUUUCAUCGAAUCUCAAUGGUCAAACAUCUUCCGAAAUGUUUUCACAAUCGUUACCACCAUUCCCAGUUAAUUAUACAUCUUCAAACUUGCAAUCGACUUUUCUAGCUAACAAUAUUUUCAUAAACACUAAUGAUGGGUUAGGACAACAAGGUGAAGCAAGAACUGAUGUCAACUUCAUGGCAAAUAGUAUCGUUAAUAAAAUUGUUGACAAUAUUGACGACACAGUCAUGAUUUGUGACAUUAAUUUAAAUGACAUGCACACUAAUUUGCCUAUGUGGGAUGAAAAAAAUCUGAUGAUAUGCGAUUUCACUAACAAAGAUUUUAUGAUAUGCGGGAUUGACAAUGAUUUGUUUAUUUAUGACAACAUCAGCCGAUGUUUAGUACCCCCACCACCACCACUGCCAGACCACAACAGCUUACUCUACGGCAGUGUUUCUCACCCAAUGUUAUGCGAUCCUAAUUCGUGCCCAUUGUUGUUAAGACCUGCCAGCAACAUGUGUCCUUGCAUGAAUCAUAUCAGCCAUCAUCCAACAGGAACUGGAAUGAUCAACCUCCAACAUCUGCAUCAUUACUAUCAUCAAAAUCAGUUACAUCAGCAACCUUUAAAUUUUCAAAAUUUUGAUACGACUUAUCACAAUGCAGCAACGUUAUUCCCUCCAAAUUCAUCUCGACAGUCGUUGGAUAGCCAUUCCUCACUACACCCACCAGCUCUCCAGGACCUGCUCAAUCAUCACAUGGACCACAACCGAGUGGGCUUAAGAAGAUAUCUUUCCCUGCCAGCAUCCACCAUACCUCAGUUGUCAUCAACAAAUGUUUCAAAUCACUGCAGAGCAUUUGACGUUCAAUCUAUAUCUCCACUGCCACAUGACAACAAUCUGCUGCCUCAAUCAGACGCUCGAUAUGAUUUACAAGUACCUCUUCAGCAAGCCACCAACAGCCAGCCCCACGAGCCCGAAUUAUACGAUGCGCCAUCUUUGUUAGCUGUCAUAUUUUCAUUAUCUCUGUUACAUUUUUGUAUGACAUCCAUGUUUGUGAACAUCCACGUAACAUAUAACAUACGACAUCCUCGUUUGACGCCUUUGCUAUAA